UUUUCAACCAGGUCACAUCGUCCAGUAAUUAAACCCAAUUACCCCCCAGCGCGACACCAUUUCCCGCAAUACUUUCAAUCGUUAUGGGAAAACAUGCUACAUCGAAAAGUACAUCACUUCCCACUACGACGCAUUUAUUGAGCCAUAAAAUAUGAAGCACACAAUAUUUCCACCAGCCAAAGCCCAUUCACAGCGCCCAUCAUUAUGAGGGAAGACACGGUUGAUAGCGAAAGUUCAAAACGAUGGGUUAUUGCUACACACACACACUUUUUCUGACGCUCCCAGCCAACGGUUCGGUUUGGCAAAAAUAGCAUGAUGGCAUGAAUAUUAAUGACAGUUGUAGCAGAGCUCCGAUGAGCAGAACAUGUCAUUACCGGAAACUGAUUCCGGCACCACGGACUCUCUCGAGAGGUUCGUUUAUUUCUUUCCUGUACCGUCAUCUCCCCCACAAAUCAUUCGUAAUGGCGUUGAGGGCCUCAUCCUUCCGCGGUUCUAAUCGUUCGCCCUAUUGGAGUUGCAUUUUGCAUGCCACCGGCUGGCAGAGGAAGCAUGUAAAAUAAAUAUUUGAUACCGAAACCAAACACCGCCAGACGAGCGACACACAGCGUUUUGUGUGGUUAGAGGAGGUGGCGCGUGGGGGUGAUGUAAAAACAAUCAUCCUUCCUAUUGCUGAUGCUCUCGGUAUUGACAUUUGUCGAUUCGUACCGCCCUCCGGGAAGCCCGAGCAGUGUCCCGCAGUGUGACUUUGAUCUCGGUGCACGACAGACAGUACUUUGAGGGACGACUUUGAGCUUUGACGACUCCCCUCCGUGCUGAGGGGUUGCUUUGGCAAGCGCGCAAAAACAGGGAAAUGCAUGACAGACUGAACUGCUGUGUCUGUUAUUAAAAGGAUUGCCAUCCCGCUGACUUUCAUCGAGCUGCAAAGAAGUGUGGGAAGUGUCUGUGCAGUGAAAUCGAUAUUUAAAUAAAAACAUCAUCACUUCGCCGCUCCGACCAAACCAUCACACCCCAAAACAUGAUAAAAGCGAACGCCCAGAAGCGGCAGAAAUUAUCCACCGUCUCCAGCGUGACGGUCGGCACACCGCACAAGGACGGCCCACCACCACCGACACGUGGUCGGCUGCGGGAGCGGUACCGCUUCAAGGAGGAGCUGCUGCAGCUGUUCAACAGCAUCACCGCCCACUGCUACCGACAGCUGGCGCAGCAAGAUCGCAGCCUCUCGGAGCGGCUGUUCUGGCUGCUGAUGCUAAUCCUCGAGGCGGCCACACUGAUCGCGAUCAUCAUCUCGGCCUGGGGGAAGUUUACGGCCAACCCGUUGAUAACGACGCUGCACGAUACGAUCUACCCGAUCGUGCUGGUACCGUUUCCGGCGAUCUCGCUCUGCAACAACAAUCGCAUCUCGCGAGCCGCCGCCGUCCGGUACGCGGCCCAGCUGGCCGGGCGGGAUGCCGAGCGGCGCAACGCGAGCUACUUUCUCGAGCAGAUCGCCCUGCUCGGCAAGCUGUACGACUUUGACUACGAAAAUCUGCACCAGAUGACCAGGCUGCAGGAGUUUCUCGAUCUGAACGAUGUGAGCAACAGCACCGGCAUGUACAAUGCGCUGGAAACGCUCGAAAAGCUAUCGCCCCGGUGUGAGGAUAUGCUGCUGCGCUGCUUUUGGAAAAGCAUCGAGCUGCCGUGCAUGCUGCGGAACGAUAUGAUCGAGGUGCGCCGCACACCGUACGGAUUUUGCUGCACGUUCAACUUUAUCGGCCACACCGAAGAUAACGAGAUUCAUCCACCGUCGUACUUUUUGGACGUUACUGGACCGGAAAUGGGAUUGGUGCUGCUGCUGAAUGGCUCCUCUAAUGACUAUUUCUACAACUUGUUCAACAACAUCGGCUUCAACCUGCAAAUUUUCAACCCGCACGAGGUCCCGGACAGUACCGCCGGCGGGGUAAACGAGCAAUUCGUCCACCUCGGCACGGAAACGUUCAUCCGGGUUGAUGCCAUCACCAUCAACAGCGAGCCGGAUGUGCUGCGCUACUCGAGACAGAAGCGCCAGUGCGUGUUCCGCAACGAGCUGCUAAAGUACGGUGCCAACUACGGCCGCAGCAACUGUGUCGCCGCCUGCCGGCUCCGGAGCGUGAUGGCGCUGUGCGAGUGCGUACCGUUCUACAUGCCGACGGCGGGUGCGACGGCCAGCAGCAAAUCCGUAACGACCUGCAAUCUCCAGCACAUCGCCUGCCUGAGCAAGUACAAGAUCAAAUGGUCAACCGUGAUAACGGACAUCGUGCAGAUACCGGGGCUGGAGAAGGAGAUGGAGGAGUCGCUCUACUGUCCGGAGUGUUUGCCGUCCUGCUCGGCGAGCAAGUAUCAGAUCACUGCCUCCAACCUGCCGCUGGUGCGAUCCCGACGGGACGGCUUCAGCGUGACGGCCGGCAUCGACAACGUGGCGGACGUCGCGGUGGUGCGCAUCUUCUUCGGCCAGCCGGAAACGUGGAUGUACAAGCAGAACGUGGCCUACUACUGGUUCGAGAUAUUCAGCAACUUUGGCGGCAUGUUCGGCAUCAUGGCCGGCAUGUCGCUGAUAACCCUAAUGGAGGUUGUUUACUUUGUCGGCCGGCAGCUGGUGCUGGUGUUUGCGACCCGCUCGUGGAGUGCCGGGGCGCUCCGGUCGCGCAUGCCGAACCUAGAGCUACUGCAGUAAAGUUCAGUGUGUGUUUGUUGGAGUUGGUUGUCCAGUGGUAAAACACAUACACACACGCAGAGAAACAAACAAAAAAUAACGCUUAUGCCAAAAACAUAGCUAUGCUAGUUACGGGGCAUUGUUUUUCGCACUCCUAAUAACACUCGACGGAACAAGAGCAGGCUGGCCGCAAGGACCCAUUUUGCCCACAUCAACAAAUGCUUUGCACGCUCCGUUUCGGGGGGGAAUGCUCGAGAUGGUGCGGCUUUUAGUGACUGUUUUAGUGGCGGCGGUGGGGCAUGUGUACGCAGCGGCCAACCACACCGAAUUGUGGACGAAUUGGUCGUGGCAAGUGUCCAGCGGUGGUUUUUAAUUUAUUCACCAGCACUUUAAACGAGUACAGCAACUAAGCGCACCCUGGGUAUGAUGACACAACGCUGAGGUAGCGGCACUGGGUAACACAAAAGGGUAAAUAAAACAGUACCAGCACUUCUUGCAACCUUGAGUUGAGGGUUGUUUUUCAAUACUAAGAAAGAAGCUCUGAUUUAACAAACUAAACAGUUACAUGGUUGGUAUUAGUGGUGGGCGCUCGGAAUCAGACCUACUCGAUUCCGAUUCCGUGUUCGGGAUCAAUUUUGGAGCCGAUUCCGAUACAAAUUCGGUACUAGAAUCAGAAUCGGCUCCAGAAUCGGAAAUCGACUUGGGAAUCGCAAUUUGCUUCGGAAACGGAAUCAGAAUUGACUCCAGAAAUGGAAUUAUCUUCGGAAUAAGAAUCAGUUCUUGA